GGAGCCCGGCUGCCUGCUCGCCCCGCCCCACGUUCCGCCCUGCCCUCGGGACGCAGAGCGUGCGGCGGCGUUUCCGGCGGGACCGUCGCUCGCGUCUCACGUCUGCGCGCCCUCGUCGCCCGGUGCAGGCCGCCGCGCAGCGGUUCGGUGCAGGCCUCGUACUCUGCUGUCUGGUCAGAGUGAAGGAGAACGAUGCAGAAGGACUCUGGCCCACUAGUGCCUAUACACUGGAUUGGCUUUGGUUAUGCGGCGCUGGUUGCUUCUGGUGGGAUCAUUGGCUAUGCGAAAGCAGGUAGUGUCCCAUCACUGGCUGCUGGGCUGUUUUUUGGUAGUUUAGCAGGCCUGGGUGCUUAUCAGCUGUCUCAAGAUCCGAGGAACAUUUGGGUUUUCCUAGCUACCUCUGGAACCCUGGCUGGCAUUAUGGGAAUGAGGUUCUACCACUCUGGAAAAUUUAUGCCUGCGGGCUUAAUCGCAGGUGCCAGUUUGCUGAUGGUCGCCAAACUUGGAAUUAGUGUGUUGAAUAAACCCCAUCAGUAGUAGCUAUGUCCCAGCUUGGACUCAUGAAGAAUUUUAAAACUUCUACUAUUUUUAGUGUAUUAAGAGAAACAAGUAUUCUGACAUUUUACUUAAAACAAAAAAAUAACAUUGAACUUCCAGGAGAAGAAAUCAGUCAUUAUCAUUACAACCUUAAAGAGGUGGGUGGUAUGUAACCUGAGAGCUUCUUCUUAUACUCUCAUAAAGUUUGAUUCUUAUACAUGAUGUUGUCUCUUCUUUCUGUAUCUAUAGGUAAAGCCUCAAGGGGUAAAAUGUUAGGUAUCAACAUUGAGGGCCCUGAAACCCCAUGCCCUACUCAGAACAGUGAAAAAAGUCUCUUAGGAGCUUUAGGAUUUCUGUUCUUUGGCUCAUUUUAGAGCACAGAUCUACCUGGAAAGAAUGUCAAAUGAAAUAUUGAAAAUAAAGUUUACUGUAAGUAAUGUU